AUGGGUGAAUUUAUCUGUUGCGUACCUGGGACGUAUAUCAGACAAGAUGAUGUUGCUGGGAGGGACGAUGAUGAUGAGAACGAUUUGAACACUACUAUAUUCUGUAAGAGUGCAUUUGAGUCUGCUGGUUUGGAUUCUUUGCAGGUCCGGGGUUUAAGGAUAUGUGAGGUCCUGUUGUCUGAUGGGACGGAUGUUAGGUGUAAGGAAGAUUUGAGUAUUGAUGAUUUGAAGAUAUAUAGAGACGAUAGGGAAUCCCAGCGGGAGUAUAUGUGGUACGAGAUUUUGAGAAUACUGUCGAGCCGUGCGAUAUAUGUCGAGGAGUUGCAGGACAAAGUUAAGUUUACAACGGCAACGAUGUCUUUGAAUGAAGGUUCGACUUGGCAUUUAGCUCUGAUAUUAGAAUCAGCCGGGAUAGUUGAGAAGAUCGCUGAAAUCGAGUUCCCGAAGAAUAGCAUCACUAAGGAGGUUGAUCUGUUCCAGUACUCUACACUCCUAUCUCAGAAUGUCUGCAAAGCGAACGAUAGGGUAAACAGCAUGUUGGGGAAGAUGUCUGAAUUGGAGAGCACGAUUGCAGAGGCAGAAGCAGAGAAGAAACUGCUCGAUGAUAUAUUAUGCAAGAGGGAUGAGGCCACUAAGUCAGUGGUGUUGACAUUAUUGAAUGAGAAGAAGAAUAAAAUACGAGAACUUGUGGAAAGGCUGAAAGCAUAUGGAGAUGAUUCUAUCGAUGUGCUCGAUGACUCAAAUUUUAUUAAUUCGGACAUCAACAGAAGUAUUACUGAAUUAAAUUCACCUGGGAAGCGUCACAGAAUGCAGAGAACUUCUAAUGACAACAUUAAAUUGCUAAAGAAGAAGAAAAUGAAGUUGGAAGAACCUAAUACGAUAAUAAAGGCACAAGAACCAGACGAUUUCGAAGAUUUUGAAUUCUUUGGCAUCUCGCCCAAAAAACCAACUCAACGUUCGGGACUGAAUUUGGCCACUACUGAUACUGCCAUGACUGCAUUGAAGUCAGAAUCGGACUCAGAAUUGGACAAAGGAACAGAUACGAACUCAAGCGUAAAAUUGAAGCAAGAAAUACAAUUAGAAGAACCUGUGAAAGCACCAGACCAAGACGAGUUCAGCUCAAUGUUCAUCAAGCCAGAGAUAGAAACAAUAGAUACAUUGAAAGCGAACCCACAGAGUGUCAAUGAUUCCUCAGACGCCAUGACAAAGUCUGAAGGCACCACUUCCCGUUCAGGAAUGUCCACGCCAGAGGAAGAAACGGCUUGA